AAUCGAAAUUUUAUGUAUAUGUGCAACAGAUCUUUGUCGAAGGUUUUAGUAAAACAAUAGUCAUCUGUAGCUGUGCAGAUAUUCGCUGAUUUUUCACUGACGGAUAUUUAUUUUCGUGAACAUAAGCGUGCUUCUGCUAGUUAAUUGCAUAAGUAGUAGUAAUAGUAGUAGUACGUAGAGAGUGGUGGUAACAGUAGUAUGAAUAGAAUAAUGAAUGGGGGAGGAGAAGGAAAAUAUUGCAUAUAUUAUAUACUGUUAAAAGAGAGAAAGACGGUAAAGAAGGAAUAGAUAGAGGUAGUUUCGUCGAUGAAUCGAGCAUGUUUAAGGAAGAAGGCCUACCAGUCGGUAACCUGCUACUAGUUGGUGGGGCUGUUAAAGUUACACUCUAGUUCCUACGUUACUUUUUAAUUUUUUUUUUUUGGCUACUUGGGACCCAUCCAGUCAGUCUAGUUCUGCUUUCGCCUGUGUCUUUCUACAACAUGUACCAGCUUACCAGCGCCGUAAUCGUGCCUGCACAGAAAGCCCAAAGGAUCAGAAAUGAUAAGGAUACUUUAAGGGGCGAGCAGUAUUGAAGUCUGACUCUCUUGGAUAUGAUUUGUAACUGAGUUUCAGUUAGGUAAACUGAUGAUAAGCUAUGAACAGAGAGGGCCUUAACGAAACAUUUGCAGCGGAUUCAGACUCUCGUCCUGAGAGUAGGGCAAGCUAAUUAUUUAACUCACGCGAACUCUUGGAUUUGACCCCUCGCAGUUUUUGGAGAACAAAUGUUUGAUUGAUGCCAAAUUUCGCUUGAAGCAUCUAGAAUCAGAUCGAGUUGCUAUUCCACUUCUUUCUGUAGACCAAGAACUUCUGCACAAGACACUCUCAGAUUAUUUCAGCCUUGGAGAUGGCUGUGACUUUGAAUUAAAAAUGGUCAAAAUGAUGCCAUCAAAACGUUCAUUACUUCGCUCACCUUAUCAAUUGCUUAUUCAAGGAUUGGAAAAACUUCUCACAGAUCAUGGUUAUAUUCUCAACAAAGAAUUAGAACUUGAUAUUGCCAAAAAAUGGGAGUGGCAUGAAGAUCUAGUUAUGCUGCCAAAGAAUUCUUUCAAACAUGAAAUUUGGGCUCAGUUUGGUUCAGAACUAUGGGAAACCAUUUCAAAUUGUCUGCAAUGUAAACGACUGGCAAGGAAAGAGGUCAUUUCAAAUAAUGACUACCGAAGACCUCAGGUUACAUUACUGUUGGGAAACAAUGGCUGGGUGAGGCAUGUUGACAAUGGUAUUCGCUAUCACUAUGAUGUCACCAAAUGUAUGUUGAGUGCUGGGAAUAUCACUGAGAAAUUACGAAUAUCUACAUUUGACUGUCGCCAUGAAACCAUAGUUGAUCUUUAUAGUGGCAUUGGUUACUUUACUUUGCCAUACCUUGUCCAUGCAAAAGCUAGCAUGGUUCAUGCCUGUGAAUGGAACCCUGAUGCAGUACAUGCUUUGAGAGAAAAUCUCAAACUCAAUAAAGUAGAAGAUCGUUGUAUCAUACAUUUUGGAGAUAAUAAGAAAGUAUGUCCCCAUGGAGUUGCUGACAGAGUAAAUCUAGGAUUGUUACCCAGUAGCAGAGAAGGUUGGCUUCCAGCCUGUUUAUCUCUUAAAAGUGACAUUGGUGGCAUCUUGCAUAUCCAUGAGAAUGUUUCAACAGCAUCAAGUAAUAAAAGUGAAGAGAUUCGAAUGAGAAUACAGAACCGAGCAGCCGAAGCAGCAGCAGAACUUUCUGCUACACUACAGGGUCAAACACCUUCUUUACCUCUUUACCGAAACAUAAAUCAACACUGUGGUGGUAAUAGUAGUAGUAGCAGUAGUACCAGUAGCAUUCCAAGACAAUCAUAUCUACCUAGCGACUUUGGCAAAUAUUCAAUGGAAGAUAAUUACACAACUGACUCUGAUGAUGGUGAUAUAAUAAAAAUCUAUGAAACUUUGAAUUCAGAUCAACCACUGAGUGAGAAACAUUUACAACGGCAAGAAAAAUGGGAAGAAUGGGCAGCAGAUGUGGCAGCUUCUAUCAGACAUAUUCUAGAAGAACUACACUGCAAACCAUGGGCAACUAUUGUAAAACACAUUGAGCAUGUUAAACCAUAUGCUCCCCAUAUAGAUCACUUGGUGCUGGACCUUGAAUGUCGCCCAGCAGAAACAUUUUCUCAUGCUGGAAUGAAUUAUUAGACCCAACUGAAAUUGUUGGGCUCUUAUUGUUGUAUUUAUGACAAUUCAACUUUGUGAGAUAAUCUCUGGAGACCAGGCAAUUAGACAAAGAAAUAAAAGAAGGUUCAUAAAAUUACAUUUCAUUUCCAUGUCCAGUGUUGGUCUCUCACUCUAGUUGUCAUCUUGUAAGUUCUUAUUCACUCAUGUAAAUAGGUCAAUCAUACAAUAAUCUUCAUUGAUUUUCAUGAACCAAAUUACCCAAUACAAAGCCCUAUUUUAAUAUUACCUCUAGUUGUCUUCCAGUACAAUCAAACAUCAAUUGGAUGGUGCAGUGAUUAUGUUGAUAAAUUGUGGACCCAGUUGUUUUACCAUAUGGUCAGUAUUUCAGUGACACAACAGUAAACAUAUGCUUGUUUUGUUUUGUAAUUUCUUGUAUCAUUAUUAGUAUCAUUAUUAGUAUCAUUGUUUGACCCAUGGUAGCCAAGUGCCUCUUACACAUUUAAAAAUAAAUCAAUCUCCUUCAACUGCCUUUUUUUUUUAAAAAAACACUUCUUAUGCUUUUACUGUUGUUCUUGUGAUGGUGGUGAUGAACAGAUCUGUGAUUAUCCUGUUUUCAUUUUGAACACAUUUUUCUAAGUACCAGGAGCCUGGAAGAUGUUUUAUUGUCAAGUCACAUAUUCAUUUCAGUUCUGUUCUUGUAUGACCUUCAUUACUCAUAACACAGAUUCUUAACAUCAAACAUAUAUAAGCAAUCUGAAUGAUUUCAUAGAACUACAUGUUGUUGUUUUUGUUGUUGUUUGUCCCAGGUUGGUCCUGAUUGAGCAAACUUAUGAUUAAAAGCAUUCCAAAAUGA